GUAGAAUGACAGCAACCGGAUAAUCCGGGCUAGCAGAAUUGCGAACGAAUCCAAUUGUAAACACGUCUGUGCAAGUGCCGUAAAAGUGUAAUCUUUGUAUCAAUAUUCACGAAUAGCAAUCACACAAGUCACAAUGGAGGAAAUAUUAAACGAUUCCGUUGUGAACGAUGAGCUGGAGAAGUUCGAGAAAAAGUACAACGAAGAGCUCAAAAAUGGAGCCGUCUCAACCAACACACAGUUCGAGUACGCAUACUGCAUGGUACGAAGCGACUUUGCCAGCGAUAUGAAAACGGGACUUGUCCUACUGGAAGACCUGUUCGUGAAGCAUCCGGAAGGACGUCGCGACUAUCUGUACUACAUGGCAAUUGGGCACACAAGGCUAAAGGAGUACUCGGAGGCGCUGAAGCACGCGCAGGCCUUUCUGGAAAUUGAACCAAACAAUCAGCAGGUGAUAGCGCUGGAGGAGCUAAUCAAGAAACGCAUGGACAUCGAGGGACUGAAGGGUGUGGCGAAGGCGACCGGUGCGGCCCUUGUCGUCGGUGGCAUUCUGGGGCUGGGGCUUGCACUGCUGAAGAAAUGAAAAUCACCUCGCUAAGCCCUCCGGCGCGAUCGUGUCGGGCUGUCGGGCUUGUGCGUUUCACAACAGAAGUACACAGAGCUUUGGUAUUGCAGACCGAACUUUAUAUAGUGAAUGGUUUGUUAUUCAAUUUCAAUUCAAUUUGGUAAGGUUUUAGGUAGCGAGUAAUGUAGUUUUUAAUGCAAACCCAUCCACGGUAUGUGAUGUAGGAGAAUUCAAUUACACUCAAUUGGUUUAAUUCAACUUGUUCGGGUGAUUGUUUACAGAGUACCGAAUAUAAGUUUCAAUCUUGCUUCAAUUCUUCUUUCAUUUAUUGAAUAUGCUAACGUUAUUUCAUUUACAAGCGUUAACGCGAACCGAAUCACUGUGUUUUCCCCCGUACACACUUGUGUCAACAAUGAGGCAGCUAACUAAUGCCAGUCUUUCAAUCUCUCGCUUAAACCUCUUUCUGGAAUAGCAUAAAUGUGUUUCCGUGGCUUAUUUCAACUCUUUUUUUCCGAUAUAUUUUAAAAUAAUUAUUUCUUUAGCAACUGGUAGCUUGUUGCCGUACUGAAAAAACAAAAACAAACGUCUGUGUAUAAAUAAUAAUUCCGGCACAAGCGUCAAAAAGAGAGAGUCUUGAAAAUGAAUGUAUCAAAUAGAUUGUUUGUUAGUGGUAAGGCUACUAUUUGUAAUCGGAAUGAAGGUACAGUGAGUAGAUUUAUCUCUAGCACUGUACAAAACUUUGAGAAUCAAUGUCACAGAGUGUCCUUGAAACAAACAGAAAAAAAACACUUCUAAUCGAUACUGCGUUGAUAAGCGUACACACAGCGGGCAAAAGGGUUUACUCCAUGUCGCACGAUAUCUGUAACCGGUUUGAUACAACAUACCGGAUUGAUGAAAAUGUGUUAUUCAUAAUCGAUCCAAAUAUAGAAAUAUUUAUUUUAA